AUGGGACAGACAAAAAAAAAAAAACUGCAAACCCAACAAGGACUUUUCACCAAACUUCACACCACCAGAGAAGCAGCCGUUCGAACAAGUUAUGUAAUAUCUCACAAAAUCGCCAGGAAAAGUAAGGCCUUUUCUGAUGGAGAGUUUAUUAAGGAGUGCUUAUUGGACUCAGUUGCACUGAUAUGCCCAGAGAAAAAGGACGCGUUUGAGAACAUCUCACUCUCCCGACGUACUGUGACGAGGCGGGUUGAGGACAUCGCUGAGAACUUGGAGCUUCAGCUGAAGAACAGAGCUGCAGACUUUGAAUGUUUUUCUCUGGCUUUGGAUGAGAGCUGCGAUGUGCGUGAUACCGCCCAGCUUCCCAUCUUCUUACGUGGAAUAACUGCAGACUUUCAAGUCACGGAGGAGCUGGCUGCCAUGCAGUCAAUGAAAGGAACAACAACCGGCAAUGACUUAUUCACAGAAGUAAAUGCAUGUUUGGACAAAUUAGGACUGAAAUGGGACAAUCUGGCAGGUGUAACAACAGAUGCUUGUCCAAAUCUGACUGGGAAAAAUGUAGGACUUUUAAAGAGAAUGCAGGAUAAAGUGACAGAAAUUAAUCCUGUGCAGAAAUUGACAUUUUUGCAUUGCAUUAUACAUCAGGAAGUGUUGUGUAAGACAGUGUUAAAGAUGGACCACGUUGUUGAUGUUGUAACUAAAACAGUUAACUUCAUCAGAGCAAGAGCAUUAAAUCACAGACAAUUUAUUGCUCUUUUGGAGGAAAAUGAGAUGGAACAUGGUGACAUCAGCUACCACUGCUCUGUCAGGUGGCUCAGCCUAAGCAAGGUACUGAAAAGUGUCUGGGAUCUGAGAGAACAGAUUCAGGAUUUCUGUGUGAAGAAAGGACAUGACAUCCCAGAGCUUUCAGAUGAAGAUUGGGUGGCAGACCCCGGAUUUGCUGUGGAUGUGACUGCACUAAUGAACCAACUAAAUGUCAAACUGCAGUGCAGGGGACUUUUUGUGCAUGAGAUGUACAGUGCAGUAAAGGCUUUCAUGAGGAAGUUGCAGCUUAUCUCAAGCCAAGUGAAGGACAACUUUCUGACCCACUUGCCAACACUAAAGGAGGCUAUUCACCUCCAUAAGUACUCAGCCAUGUUAGAAGUACUGCAUGCAGAAUUUUCAAGGCGAUUUCAAGAUUUCAAAGCUCUUGAAAAUGAAAUGGACAUGGUUUCUUCUCCCUUCACCUGCAGUGUGGAUAAUGCUUCAAGUGAUGUUCAGAUGGAACUCAUUGACCUGCAGUCUGACACACUUCUGGCAGGGCACUUCAGGUCAGUCUCACUGCUGGACUUUUAUUCCUCCCUCAAAGAAGAGAACUUUCCACACCUGAGGAAUCAUGCUCAGAGGAUUCUAGUCUUCUUUGGAUCGACCUAUGUAUGUGAACAGACAUUCUCGGUGAUGAAGUUCAACAAAUCCAAACACAGAUCCUCUGUCACUGAUGACCACCUCUCAGCUGUUCUUCGCAUAGCCACCUCAGACAUUCAGCCAGAUUUCAAUGCCCUUGUUCAAACCCAAAACAGGCUGGAUUAUUCUCACUGAAAAGGAGGUAAACAUGACACAAGUCAUUGUAUUGUUGCAUUUCUAUAAACUUCUUGUUUGUUGAGUUAAACAUGUUAAAAUAAAAUAACAUUG